CGCUUAAACCCGGACAGACUGUCUCUUCUUCUCUCGUUGAAAACCCUAAAACGCCCCGGAGACCGGCGACUCUUUCAAGGAAAAGCUUCUCACGAACUAGAAAUAUCUUUCGUUUUUCUUCCCCUGUAGAUCUCUUCCUAUCUGUUUCACGUUUAUUUGUAUCAAUUUAUACUCGACAUUGGGCGCCUCGCGCGCGCUUUUUCCACCCAUCAGUGGCGGCGGCGUCGGCGUUCGUGGAGAGCUGAAAAGCUUAUCUUUUUUCUCUAUUUUUAUUCAUCGACGAAUCCUUUAGAUGGAUUUGAGUAUGACAUAGGGAUCUAAGGAUACUCAUGGCCUCCAAAGGUCCCAGGUCUAAGCUUGACCAUGAAACGCGAGCCAGGCGGCAGAAAGCGCUUGAAGCUCCAAAAGAACCUCGGCGUCCUAAAACACAUUGGGAUCAUGUUUUGGAGGAGAUGGUUUGGUUGUCAAAGGACUUUGAGUCAGAGAGAAAGUGGAAAUUGGCACAGGCAAAGAAGGUUGCAAUCAGAGCCAGCAAGGGUAUGUUGGAGCAGGCUACAAGAGGAGAGAAGAGAGUGAAGGAAGAAGAGCAUAGGUUGAAAAAAGUUGCACUCAACAUUUCUAAAGACGUGAAGAAAUUUUGGUUGAAAAUAGAGAAGCUGGUUCUUUACAAGCAUCAGUUGGAGCUUGAUGAGAAGAAGAAAAAGGCACUUGAUAAACAACUUGAGUUCCUCCUUGGGCAAACCGAAAGGUACUCAACAAUGCUGGCAGAGAACCUUGUUAGCUCUCCAGGUCAUUGCAAAUUGGACUCGAGUUCACCGCAAGAACGAAUGAGGAUCGAGUACAAAGAAGGUGACUAUGACAGGGGAAGUGCUGAACCGAAUAUUGAAUCUCAAUCAAAUGGACCAGAUAUAGAUGGGGAUUAUGAUAUGGACUCUGAGGAUGAAUCGGAAGAUGAUGAGCAUACUAUUGAGCAGGAUGAGGCUCUCAUAACCAAAGAAGAAAGGGAAGAAGAAUUAGCAGCUUUACAAGAUGAAAUAGAUCUUCCUCUGGAGGAGCUUCUUAAACGCUAUGAGGAGAGAGUCAGCAGAAAAGCUAGUCCAGAGCAAACCGCUGUUGCUACUGGAGCUAAUGGGCCAGUUGAAAAUGACAAUACAGGCAAAGAGAACGAAAUUGGUACUGUGUCAGCAAAUGGUAGAAGCAGCUCACCAGUAUCUCCUGGUCGUCGUUGUGUUGGGAGUAAUGGCUUUUUACACAAUUCCAACAAUCACUUUUUGGAUGUUCAAGUGCACAGAGUAAGAACUCCAAAUAAAUUUCAAGACUGGGAGAAACAGUGCAUUUUGGAUGAUUAUAGUGAUGAACAGGAUGAUGAAGAUUUUGACAUUGGUACAGGAGAGGAAAAAGACGAUUUUAUGGAUGAUGAGACAACCCUGUUAGAAGAGGAAGAACUAGCCAAGGCGGAACCCAAUGAUGCCCCAAAUGAGAUUGCGCUAUUGCAGAAAGAGAGUGAAAUUCCUAUAGAAGAUCUGCUUGCAAGGUAUAAAAAGGACUGGGACUCUGAGAAAGAUGAGCAUGAUGACACUGGAUCUGAAUAUGCUUCUGCUUCUGAGAAUUUUAUGGAUUCACCUGAACCCAAGGAUCGUGAGUUGAAGGAGCUUAAAGUAUCUUUAAACAGAGAAGAUAAUUUUAGUGCAUUUCAGCCUGCUGCUUGCUCUGAGGUAGAAGAACCAGAAACUGAAUAUGUAGCAAAAGCUGGAGAAGAGGGCGAAAGUGCAGACAUAAUUGCUGAUGCAGCUGCUGCUGCUAGAUCGGCACAACCCACGGGUAAUACAUUCUCAACAACGAAAGUGCGUACGAAAUUCCCUUUUCUUCUCAAGUAUCCUCUUCGUGAGUAUCAACAUAUUGGCUUGGACUGGCUUGUUACCAUGUAUGAGAAGAAACUUAAUGGGAUUUUGGCUGAUGAGAUGGGCUUGGGAAAGACUAUUAUGACAAUUGCUCUGCUAGCUCACCUAGCAUGUGAGAAGGGGAUAUGGGGCCCUCAUCUCAUUGUUGUUCCAACUAGCGUCAUGCUCAAUUGGGAAACGGAGUUUCUUAAAUGGUGUCCUGCUUUCAAAAUAUUGACGUAUUUUGGAAGUGCUAAAGAGCGAAGAAUAAAGAGGCAAGGGUGGUUAAAACCAAAUUCUUUUCAUGUUUGUAUAACAACUUACAGACUUGUUAUACAGGACGCUAAAGUUUUCAAGCGGAAGAAGUGGAAAUACUUGAUUUUAGAUGAAGCUCAUCUGAUAAAAAAUUGGAAGUCACAAAGAUGGCAGACGCUUUUGAAUUUCAACUCAAAACGGCGCAUUCUUUUAACUGGUACCCCCUUGCAGAAUGAUCUUAUGGAAUUAUGGUCUUUAAUGCAUUUCUUGAUGCCCCACAUUUUUCAAUCUCAUCAAGAAUUUAAGGACUGGUUUAGUAAUCCCAUAUCUGGGAUGGUUGAGGGACAAGAAAAAGUUAAUAAAGAGGUUGUCGAUCGGUUGCACAAUGUUCUUCGACCCUUUAUAUUACGUCGGUUGAAGAGGGAUGUAGAGAAGCAGCUUCCAAUGAAGUAUGAACAUGUCAUCUAUUGUAGACUGUCAAAGAGGCAGCGGAACUUGUAUGAGGAUUUCAUUGCUAGCUCAGAGACCCAAGCAACCCUUGCUAGUUCAAAUUUUUUUGGGAUGAUUAGUGUCAUAAUGCAACUUCGCAAAGUUUGCAACCAUCCUGAUUUAUUUGAAGGCCGUCCAAUUGUCAGUUCCUUUGAUAUGACUGGCAUUGAUCUGCAGUUAAGCUCAUCUGUUUGUGCAAUGCUUACACCUCGCCCAUUUUCCACGGUGGACCUUGGUGAUUUAGGGCUUUCAUUUACACAUCUGGAUAACUGCAUGUCAUCUUGGGAGAGUGAAGAUAUUCAAGCUAUUGCUACCCCCUCAAGCUUGAUUGAGGGUCGUGUUAACCAAGUUUGUGGAGAAGUUGGGCAUGCUUAUAAGCAUAAGAAGUUUCAUGGGAUGAACAUUUUUGAGGAGAUCCAGAAGGCACUUACGAAGGAGAGACAGAGAGAAGCAAAGGAGCGGGCAGCAUCUAUUGCUUGGUGGAAUUCUUUAAGGUGCAGGAGGAAACCUAUUUACUCAACAGGUUUACAGGAACUUGUCACCAUAAAAAAUCCUGUCUAUGCAAUUCAUGAUCAGAAGUCUAAUCCCUUGUCUUACUCAUAUUCAUCGAAGCUGGCUGACAUUGUACUAUCACCUGUUGAACGAUUUCAUAAAAUGGUUGAUCAGGUGGAGAGUUUCAUGUUUGCUAUCCCUGCUGCCCGUGCACCAACCCCAGAUUGCUGGUGCAGUAAAGGUGGAAGUUCUGUGUUUAUUCAACCGACUUUCAAGGAAAGAUGCUCGGAGGUUCUGUCUCCUCUUCUCACUCCUUUGCGGCCUGCAGUUGUCCGAAGGCAAGUCUAUUUCCCUGAUAGACGUCUUAUACAGUUUGACUGUGGCAAGUUGCAGGAGCUUGCACUUUUGCUUAGGCGUCUAAAAUUAGAAGGUCACAGGGCAUUAAUUUUUACCCAGAUGACAAAGAUGCUUGAUGUUUUGGAGGCUUUCAUUAACUUGUAUGGUUACACAUACAUGCGUUUAGAUGGCUCUACUCAGCCAGAAGAGAGGCAAACAUUGAUGCAGCGGUUCAACACUAAUCCAAAAAUUUUCCUCUUCAUUUUAUCAACCCGUAGUGGUGGUGUCGGCAUUAACUUAGUCGGGGCAGAUACAGUUAUCUUUUAUGAUAGCGACUGGAAUCCUGCUAUGGAUCAACAGGCUCAAGAUCGUUGUCAUAGAAUAGGACAGACACGUGAAGUACACAUAUAUCGGUUAAUCAGCGAGAGCACCAUUGAAGAAAAUAUAUUAAAGAAGGCAAAUCAGAAACGUGUUCUCGAUGAUUUGGUUAUCCAGAGUGGGGGUUAUAACACUGAAUUUUUUAAAAAGCUGGAUCCAAUGGAACUGUUUACUGGCCAUCAAAAAAUUUCAGUAGAGAACGAGCAAAAGGAGGACAAUUGCAAUGAAAGUUCUGAGGUUCCUCUCUCUAAUGCUGAUGUUGAGGCAGCUCUGAAAUAUGCUGAAGAUGAAGCAGACUACAUGGCACUGAAGAAGGUUGAACAGGAAGAGGCUGUGGAGAAUCAAGAAUUUACUGAAGAAGCUAUUGGGAGAUUGGAAGAAGAAGAAUUUGGCAAUGAGGAGGACCUAAAGACUGAUGAGCCUGCUGAGCAUGAUGGCCAGGUUACGGCAUCAAAUAAAGACAGUGUGGCAGCAUUGAAUGUUGAAGGACCAGUUGAAGGUGGAUCCAUCACCUUUGCUGGUAAGGAAGAUGAUUUUGAUAUGCUCGCUGAUGUCAAAGAGAUGGCUGCAGCUGCUGCUGCAUCAGGACAAACAAUUUUGUCCUUUGAGAAUCAGCUACGUCCAAUUGACCGCUAUGCAAUACGCUUUAUGGAGUUGUGGGACCCAAUCAUAGAUAAGACAGCAACACAAUCACAAGUGCAGUUUGAGGAAAAGGAGUGGGAGCUGGAUCGCAUUGAAAAGUUGAAGGAAGACAUGGAAGCUGAUAUUGAGGAUGAUGAAGAACCUUUUGUAUAUGAAAGUUGGGAUGCUGAUUUUGCAACUGAGGUGUAUCGUCAGCAAGUUGAGGCUUUGACCCAGCAUCAGUUGAUGGAAGAACUGGAAGCUGAAGCUAAAGAGAAGGAACUUGCAGAAUAUGGGUAUUCUGAUUCCGUGAGAAAUCAGAUAUCAACUGUUCGUAAACCCAAGUCAAAGAAAAAGACAAAGAAAGCCAAGUUCAAAUCUCUGAAGAAAGGAGCUUUAGCUUCUGAGUUCAAAGCCGUUAAGGAGGAGUCAGCGAUGGAACUGAUGUCUAUUGAUGGAGAAUCUCUGUAUGAUGAUGAAAUGACUUCCUCUGGUGAUGUGUCUCCGUGUCGAAGGCUGGAGAAGAAACGUAAACAAGCACCAUGGGUUGAUGAAGAGAGAAGCACAAAGAAGUCCAAGAAGUUUAAGAAGGCUCCUGAGAUGUGCUCCUCUGUUUUAGACUCCAACAUGCUGGGAAAGCUGCAGAAUGAUACCAAAUAUUCUAGGCAAUGUGAGAGUAGAGUAGUUGAUGUUGAACUUAAGUCUGUGAGCAGGAGUAAGAUCGGAAAGAAAGUUUCAAUCAUCCCUAUGCCUGUGAAGCGGGUUAUGACCAUUAGACCAGAGAAACUUAAGAAGAAAGGGAAUAUGUGGCCCAAAGAUUGUUUUCCUGUCCCUGAUUUUUGGUCGCCUCAGGAGGAUGCUAUUCUAUGUGCUGCUGUGCAUGAGUAUGGUGCAAAUUGGAGCUUGGUGAGUGAAAUGCUGUAUGGUAUGUCUACUGGUGGGCUUUAUCGUGGCAGGUACCGAUAUCCUGUCCACUGUUGUGAGAGGUUCAGGGAGCUUAUUCAAAGAUAUGUUUUGACUAGCACUGAUCCUGUGAACAAUGACAAAGCCAGCAAUACUGGCUCUGGGAAGGGUCUUCUUAAAGUAACUGAGGACCAUACCAGGAUGUUGCUAGAUGUUGCUUCUCAGUUUUCUGAUGCUGAACCUCUUAUUCAAAAGCAUUUUUUUGCCCUUCUUUCUUCUGUAUGGAGGUUUUCAUCUCUUAAGACUAACAGACACAACCUUGCACCUUCUCAAAAUGCCUCCUCUUCUUAUCGAAAGGCAGUCACCUCUCCGUUGAACGUCGUCUCCAGGGAUUUCAGUGGAGAAUCGUUGGAGUCGAUGAAAUUCACCAAUUCUUUUGCAUCUGGUAAGUUAGUAGCAGCUGCUCUCUGUGAUGAUCACACAGCUAAAAAGGAUGACAAUGUUCCUAUCUCCAAGCAGAGGGAUGAAGCUUCUGUUGUUUCAGAGAGACUCGAUGUUACGCUACAAUUACUGGGUGGUGAGCAUGAUACAACAUUAAACCUUCCAUCUGUUGUAAAUCUUUCGAUACUUGGGCGUGAGACUCCACCAUCUUCAAAAACCAUUGGACAAGAAAAUCAUCUCAAACCUUUCCAGGAUUUGGCAGAAAAUCGGUUCAGAGCUGCAUCUAGAGCUUGUCUUGAAGAUAGUUUUGGUUGGGCUACUUUGGCUUUCCCUGUUGGGGAUGCAAAGUCUCGAACUCCAAUGAAAGUACAAUCUCUGGGGAAACACAAGCUAUUAGUUUCUGAUUCAAAUAAGUCGUCCAGAUCAAAAUUGAGAAAGACAACUACAGAAUCUAGUGAUGCCCGUAGUUUUGCAGCUGAUCCAGUACUCCAUCCAGUACUCAGUGAUUUCUGUGUAAAAGAUGAUGUGGUAUCAACCAGCAGCGCUGAAAUUGGAAUGGCUGACCUUUGUGUCAGUUCCCCCUUUAACAUCAAUCCUGAACUUCCAAUGGCAACUGACAGCUCAGAUAUGGUUGCACAUGACUAUGUUCCUGGGUUCAUUUCUGGGUUGGAUGAUUAUUUGAUAUUGCCAGAAUUUACAGAUAUUGGCUAAAGGUUGAAUUUGGAAUCUGGCAAAUGCUCUGAGAUUUCCAAGUGAGACUUGGCUUAAGCUUUGGCAAUUAAAGCCUCGCGGGAUCCGACUCCCAGUCAAGGAGAGUAUCCAAUACUUGAGACUGGAGAAUCAUUUGCAUGCUCUCGGGGGCAAGGUAGACCAAGGUGUAUUGUUGUGAUGCUUGUUAAAAAGAGGGCAAGAUUCAGCCAGACCUGUGGUUUACUUGUGGGACAAUGAUCUGGUAUAGGUGGUUGGAUGAAGCGGAGUACUACAUGGGGAGUGUAAUAUACUAUUGAUCUGACAGGCCAUUGAGCUAUUGAUAUUUUCUUUUCUUUCGUGGGGGGAAUUAUGUGCUUGCAGUUUUGGGGGAAAUCAUGAAUUGGUUUAUGUUGGCACAUUCUAUUCAAUAGUGAUAGAGGAAAACCUUAUCAAUGAAAUUAAAAGGAUACCAUUUUUACCUGCU